AUGGCAGAAGGAACGGCAAUGUUCACCUGUCUAUCUUGCUCGAUCGCAUAUGCUAAUCCAGAAGAUCAAAGGGCUCAUUAUCGAACUGAUUUACACAGAUACAACAUGAAAAGACGAGUGGCCAAUCUACCUCCAGUACGUGCCGAUGUAUUCAAUGCAAAAAUUCUGGAAAGAAAUGGGCAAGCGGAUCAAACAGAAGUUGCACAAACUCAGGAUAGAUGCCGCGAAUGCAACAAAAGCUUCUCAUCUCAGAAUGCAUUCCAAUCUCAUUUGAACUCCAAAAAGCAUAAGGAGACUGUUUCACGUUUGUCCACAUCAGCCAAAGUCACAGUAAAAUCUGAUGGAGAGAAGGAUAGUGACGGAGCAGAUUCAUUGAUCGUCAGAUUACCGCCUGCUAAAGAUGGGCUGAACAAUGUUUCCGAUCUAGCUGCUGCUUUACCCGAUUCAGAGAAGAAGGAUCCAGAGCCUCUUCGUCCUGGUGCACCCAUGGCACUACAGGUAGACGAAGAUGCUACUGAAGAAGAGAUUCAAGCGGCAAUCGAUGCAAAAGUUGCUUCCAGCAAACGUGUUGAUCCUACAACUUCAUGCAUCUUUUGCAACAUGACUGGAUUCAAGAGCAUUGAAGAUUCACUGAAACAUAUGAGCAGUCAACAUAGCUUCUUUAUACCCGAACAAGAAUAUUUGGUCGAUUUGGUGGGAUUGAUGAAGUAUUUAUCCGACAAGAUCUGCGUAGGAAAUAUCUGUCUUUUCUGCAAUGGCAAAGGAAGGGGAUUCCAUACGGCCGAAGCGGUACGAAAGCAUAUGAUUGAUAAAGCCCACUGCAAGAUCGCUUAUGAACACGAGGAAGACAAGAUGGAAUUGAGCGACUUUUUCGAUUUCACCAGCAGUUAUCCUGAUGCUGGAUGGGAGGAUGUUUCCGAUGGAGAAGGAGGAGUUGAUGAUGCAAUCACGGAAGAAGGAAGUGAUGAUGAUGGCGAUGAUGAUGCUGAAACACUACCAGCCAGUGGUGUUCGUUAUGGAGACAAUGAGUUUGAAUUGGUCUUACCUUCUGGAGUACGUUUGGGUCACAGGAGUAUGCGCCGCUAUUACAAUCAAUCUUUACGACCACCUGGUACAGUUGCCACAUCCGGAAAUCUUGAUCCAACCUUGGUGGAGAAUCGUGGUGGUCAUCUUGUAAAAGCACGUAAUCGUGGUGAAGCACGUGAAGCGAAGAAGCAUAUCUCGACUUAUCGUGAUAUGACCAGACGUGAGCACUUUAAGACGCAAAUUGGAUUCAAGAACAAUAGUCAAAAGCAUUUCCGCGAUCCACUCUUACAGUAA